GAUUGUGCGCUUCGAUUGGAGGGGAUGGAGGAGGAGGAGGCGAAGAAAGAGAGGAAUGAGGAGGUGGAGAGUGAUGGUGGUGAUGGUGGAGUAGAGAUGGUGAGAGUACUGGUGGUGGAUGACUCCCCUGUGGACAGAAAGAUAGUGGAGAUGCUGCUCAAGAAGAGUGGAAGGAUGUUUGAAGUUAUUGCCGUUGAUUCGGGGGAGAAAGCAAUGGAAGUUCUUGGCUUGAGCGGAGUAACGAUUGGAAGGCCUCAUUUUAAUGAGCAGAAAAUUGAUGUAAUUCUUACCGACUAUUGUAUGCCACAAAUGACUGGCUAUGACCUUCUCAAGGCUAUCAAGGAGCACGACAGCUUAAAAUCCAUACCUGUAGUCAUGAUGUCAUCUGAAAAUGAUCCUCAGAGAAUCAGCAGGUGUGGAGGUAUUGGAGCUGAAGAUUUCAUCCUUAAGCCACUAAAAGUAAAAGAUGUCCAGAGGUUAAUAACUUAUGCUGUGCCAAGAACUCCAAUAUCCAAAUCAGGUACCAAGAGGAAGCUGCCAGUAGAUUUGGUAGCCGAAAACAGUGGUUACGAGACGUGUCAACGGGUUGCUAAAGUUGCUGUUGCAUGAUGACUAAUUCUCUGAUGACUCUUUUUGACACUAUAAUAUUAGUGAUCAAAUGUCGAAAGGUAUAAGAUCAGCAGAACGAGUUUUUUCUUAUCUGUUCCACAUGAACAAAUUUACAUUCCAUUGAGUUCAUGGAGAUUUGGUUAUACCAUUAAUUCUGGUGCAUUAGUGGAAAAUGAUGGUAUGCAGAUGGCAAAUAGUCAUCCUGAAAAACUAUACUUGUUCUUGACUUACCGAUCGAUUAGUUUGCUGUGGCAGCUGAGUAGAGAUGCUUGUAACAAUUUGGAGGCUUUGGAGUUCAAUGAUUUGUUGUGUCUUUGGUUACAUUAAUGCUAUCCAUUGAUCAGCUUCUCUUGA